AUGGAUGUGGUUUAUUACAGUAGUUUUGGGUCAGACGAGUGUUUAGAACGGUACGGACAAAUUGCCGACGCUGUCACAGGCAAUGUUGUAGAUAACGAAUAUCACUUUUACAAUACAAAUUACGAUACGACAACUGUCGACGGACGCACUGGAGACACCGGAUAUUAUAGUUCUGAAAGUUGCGAAUCUUCAGAAAGUGUAUCUGGAAAUUACACAGGAAAUUUGACAGUUGACAACGAAAUAGCAACGCCUUUUCCGGACGGCGUACAACAUCAGCAAACGAAAUCCACAAGAGCUUACGCGUUUGGCUCCCGAUGUCGAACGAAUUCGGGCAAACAGAACUCGGAGCAACGAAAAGUUCCGGAACUAGUUCGUAUCGGAGCAACCGUACGCGAGAGGAGCCGAAUGCAUAUGCUGAACGACGCUUUUGAUGAGUUGCGAAAAGUAGUUCCUCGCCAGAACGUCGGUGACCAUCAGAAAAUGUCCAAAAUUGCGACCCUACGACUGGCGAUUCAGUACAUUUCUUCACUGAUGUUUACCCUUCAGAAUUCCGGAGUUGAGAUACGGAAAAUUCGGGGGCAUUGCGUCGGAGAUCGACGUGGAAAACGUCGAAAGACGUCGGCGAAAAAAAACGCUGUACAGUUAGAGUAA